UGUCACGAAAACAGAAGGGCAAACUGGCAACACUGUAGGUUUGACGACCGUGAAAACGUGCUUGAACAGCUGGGGCAUUGAAAGGAAAAUUGGUUUCGAUAAAAAUGCAAAUAAAACAGGAAAAACUCAGCUUCUCGGAUGUCGAUGAUACCGACGAGGAAUCGGAUGGACAAACGACAUCGAACAGCAGGCAGGUGCUAGGGGAUUUAAGAGGACUAAUCAAACAGGAGAAGAGAACGUCUUCCGAAGAUGAUAGUGAUUCUUCUCAACCACCCAUUCCAAAGGAGGUAGCAGCCAAGGUGAAGAGUGAACCACCAGAAAGGGACACUGUGCCAUCCAACCGUUCCAGCAUUGGUGCGGUCGCUGUGAAAAUUGAACCUACCGAAAAAGGUCGCCGAGGCCAUGAUGCGGUUGAAGAACCGCUUGCUGGAGACGAGCAUCCCUCAACUCUUGUCGAAAGCAUUGGCUUUCCGUCCAAGCUCCAGGCCAAGCUGGUGGACUAUUUACAACGCUUUCCCAACGUACGGACAACAAUGCCAGCUAGCAAGAAAGGAACUGCCGUCGACCUCGAUCUAAGCAAUCCGGACGAAGAAGCCUGGAUCGUCCAAUGUCCGGCCACUAUCAAUCCGCAGGUUGUGUUGCUGAAUCGGAAACUAAACCUUUCGGCAUCGCAGGCAACCGUGAAGAAGUGUCCCAUUCCCCUCGAAACCACGGUGCGCCGAAACACGACACAGCAGGUGAUCAGUGUGCUUUCCGAGUCCCAGAUGAAAUCUUUCGUUCCAGCCGGGUUCAUCCGCAUCACCGAACCUCUGCCGGAGGUGAGCCACUCGGAACAGCUAGACAAAGAGCAGAAGUUCUGUGAGGUGCGUGUACCUUUUCCGGAUGAUAUUCGCGAGCGGCAUCCGUUGCUGGGUUACGAUUUUCAAACUCUGCUAGCGAUACCGGACCGUGUGCAAAAGCGUCUGUCGAUCGCUCGUCAGAAAGCGGACUUAUUUUACACUUCGCCCCAGCUGGCUCGAUUAGAAAAGACAAAUCAUAGUAGUAGCACCAGCACCGUUACGACCAGCAGCGAACCCCACACUGCGCCGGCAGUGAGGACGAAGAAGCGAAAAGCUGCUCAGGAAAAUGAAGCCACUGCGUUACCGACUGAAGCGAUGCGGAUGGCAGUGGAAGAAAUUGUCGUAAAAGAAGAACCUAUGACACCGACGAAGAAGAAAGUGAAAAAGGAGACAAAACAAGCAGCUACGAUCACAGCAGACAACGGUCGUUCGGAGGUUGUGAAGAAAGAAGUUACCGAGGCAACCGAGGAUGAUAUAUCGUGGCUGUUGAACAUUUAA